AUGUCCUACAACGAGAAACAUAUCGUUGGUGCCGAAGUCGUUCACCUAGAACCACCACCACAACCAUCAUACAAUAAUACCCUCACCAAAACCGAGAGCAUCUCCAACUCAACCUUGUAUCCCUCCUCCGAGUACGAUGCUACCUCAAGAGACGACUACCCACCUUCCUCAGAUCAUCCAUUCUCCCCUUUCUACUCCCAUCCUACAACCCGCACUUCCCUGGAACAAAAGAAGUCGGAGUCGAAAGUCCGCUUCCAAAUCUACGAACACGAUCUCGAAGCUGGCUCACGGGUUACACAAUUCACACAACCGGAUCUAGCUCAACCAUCUCAUACAGACGAUGCAGUAUGGCCAUCCAGUAAAGCCCGAAAACAGCACGAGGCAAUGGUCAAGAGCAAGAAGCACCAUUCAUACAGUCCUUUUAAACGCAUGAGCAAGAAGCAGAAAUUCUGGGUACAAGUUUUGAUUGCUGUCGUUAUCGUUGGGGCGAUAACGGGAUUGGGAGUCGGGAUUACGAAGGCGGUUGGGGGUGGUGUCUUCAGAACAUCCAACGAUUCAAGCGCUCCAAUUGGGAACAACGAUAAUCAUUGA